AUUACACAACGGCUACUGAAUUGAGCAUCCCUUCUUGACUGCAUCAUUCACAAUACCAAUCACAAAGAAAGGAUGGAAGAAGAAAGAGACAUGACACAGAGGCCGUGGGAUACCUGCAGGGAGGUUCCCGUCAUUGAGGAUGAACAGACGCCAUGGAAGAUGAUCAAACUACUAAAGAUCCUCUCUCUAGCUAUCGUUGCAGUGUCUGUGUUUGGAUUGGCCCUAUGUAGCAAGAGUACGUUCCUACUCCUCAUCACCUUGUCCAACGAAGGCACAAAAGUCCUUCCAGAUAACAUGAAACCCGUUGCUCUACUUUGUAUCGGCUGUGCUCUCAUCAUCUCCAGUGUUUUUCUAUUGUUGAAAAGUAUUUGGAAGUCAUGCUAUAAAACAUCAAAGCCGCCAAGAAAAUCCACCAUUGCCCUGGUCCUUCUCCUUGAGUUCCUGGCGGCUAUGGGUGUAGCGAUUCUAACCAUAGUAGCAAUGCCACACUUGGACAUUGUGACCAACGUGACAAUUCUGAAUGGUGUAGCCAUCCUCUCCGCGCUCCUACAGGUGAUCACUCAGUGCUCCGCCAAAGAAAGGAACCGCUUCCUGCUGCCAUCCAUCUUUGCCUUCGUCCUCAUUUUGCUGGGUUACGCCCUCUUCCUCUAUCUAUACAUCACGAAGAAUACUGCUGAUAUCAAGAUGAUCAUUUGGGUGGGUCUGGCUGUUGGUGCGUCCUUCUUGGUGUCUUUCAACUGGUGGGAGGGCUACUUGAGACUUAUCAGCAAGAAUAGCAGCUCCCUAUUCCUCGAGAACUUCUGUAAAGACUUGACAAAGUGCCAGAACAUGCUAAACAUCCUCACCAGCCUGCUCAGGAUCGCUGUAACCGCCUGUGUGCUCGGAGCCUACGUCCCUCUGGCCAAAAUGGACUGGAACAUCGUGACCUCCAUCCCGAGCCGUGAGACAAAAAUUAUAGCUAUCAUCAUCGGGGUCCAGCUGAUCUCAUCUGCACUCUGCCACUGGUUUUCUUUGGUAGCCUGCAAGAUGCACGCCCUGCGGCGAUGCUUCAUCCUGCCUUUGUACCUGGCCUCCCUGGCCGUGAUGGUUCUGUUCGUCGUCCCCGUUAUCGUUUACUAUCAAGAGUACAGAACAAGUUUGAACGGGACUGCAAUCAACUUCACAAGCUACUGCAAUCAAGUUGUGGAUGGAAGAAACCAAAGUCUAAAUGGCAGUGUGUUCCCACAGCUGGUUUUGGAUGUCACACACACUCUGUGCUUCCUGGACAUGUCCAAGCUAGCUGACAUUGGAUUAUUGACAGGGUCGGCAGUAUCCUGGUGGCUUGGCCUUCUGUUGGCCACCCUCCAUCUGUGGUACCUAAAUGUGGAUCGUAUCCAGAGGACCCAAGACCUGUUCAUCAGGAGGCUUUAUGAAGGAGCAUUUAUCGAACAGUCCCUGCUCCUCAACACCCGAUUCGACAUCCAGUCCAAAGACAGGAAAAAGAAGGUGGUUGAUACGUUGAUGGUGUAUCUGUGUGCGACAAUGUGGCACGAAACCUACGAUGAGAUGAUGAACAUCAUUAUCUCAAUAUUCAGACUGGACAAGUACAGACCAAAGACAGAUAAAAAGAACACUGAUUUCACCUUCGAAACCCAUAUCUACUUUGAUGACGCGUUCAAUGAAGUCAAGGGGAGUCGUGGUCGUCACCUCAACGAAUACGGACAGCACCUUGUGGAAAUCCUCACAGAAGUUUAUGGCAUCUUCACAAACAUCGACAAAAAGUUCUUCCAUAAGAAGCUGCAGAUCCCUGAUCAGAAGAUAAUAAGAACGCCGUACGGAGGACGUCUGGUGGUCACCAUGCCUCAUGGGAACAUUAUCGUGGUUCACUUCAAGGAUAAAGAACUCAUCCGCCACAAGAAGAGAUGGUCACAGGUCAUGUACCUUUACUAUCUUCUGGGCUGGAAACUCAUGAACAAAUAUUACGCACGCUGGCAGAGUGGAGAGAACGAGGCUGAUUUGAAAGCAGAAAUUAAGAAAGAAAAGCACAACACCUACCUCCUGGCUUUAGAUGGGGACACAGACUUCCAGCCGGCUGCUGUGAUGCUCCUCAUCGAUCGUCUGAAAAUGUACCCAAGUGUCGGAGCAGCGUGUGGCAGGAUUCAUCCCACAGGCUCAGGUCCCGCAGUGUGGUUCCAGAAGUUUGAGUACGCUGUUAGUCAUUGGCUGCAAAAGACAGCGGAGCAUGUCAUUGGCUGUGUACUUUGCAGCCCCGGCUGCUUCAGUCUGUUCAGAGCAGCGGCGCUGAUGGACGACAACGUGAUGAAGAAAUACUCCACCAAGUCCAUGGAGGCGAGCCAAUACAUCCAGUACGAUCAAGGUGAGGACCGCUGGCUGUGUACUCUGCUGCUGAAACAAGGAUGGAGAGUCGAGUACAACGCAGCAGCUGACGCUUACACCAAUGCACCGGAGGACUUCGGUGAACUCUACAACCAGCGUCGGCGUUGGGGACCGUCCACAAUGGCCAACGUGGUGGAUCUCUUGGGCUCAAGCAGCACAAUUUCCAAGAGAAACCGUAGCAUGUCCAAGCCUUACAUGUUCUACCAGCUCUUUGCCAUCGCCUCAUCCAUCCUGGCCCCUGCCACCAUCUGCCUUAUGGUUGCAGGUAGUUUUAACUUCCUCUUUAACAUGGAUGCCAGCGGUGCCCUGGUCCUGGCUGUGAUACCUCCUAUCAUCUUCCUUAUUCUAUGCUUUAAACUAAAGUCCGACACUCAGAUUAAAAUUGCAGGACUCCUGAGUAUCAUGUAUGCAUUCCUCAUGUUGGUGGUGACGUUGUCCAUUAUCGGCUCAAUGGUGAAAGAAAACACUAUCCUGACACCCAGCAGCAUUUUCGUCAUUUCCAUUUCCGCCAUUUACAUCAUCACAGCAAUAAUGCAUCCUCAGGAAAGCCAUCUGAUCUUCCACGGCUUAAUCUACAUCCUCGCCAUCCCAAGCGCAUACCUCCUGCUCUCCAUCUACUCCUUGGUCAACAUGAACAACGUUUCCUGGGGCACCCGGGAGACAAAACCUGCUGCUGGAGCUGCCACACCAGAGCCUUCCACCCCCCAAACAAGAACCCAGCAAGCCAAAAGCGCAUGCCAGCGGUUCUUCUCGUGGGCCAAAUGUUGUAAAAAGUCCAACCAGAGAUCUGGAGACGGGCAUCACGCUGUCAGCCAGGCAGUCCUGAGCCCAGAGUCCACACAGGCUGAACAGCCAGAACUCCUGCCCCAAAACACUAUUGUUGAGAGCACAAGUUUUGCAGAGGAACAACAGAGGCAAGCGGAGCCUGUUUUCGACUUUCCUACCCAAUGUUGGGUGACACAACUACAGAAUGUGUCCAAUAGCAUGCAGCUGCAGGAGGACUCACUCGACAAGGAGGAGGAGGAGUUCUGGAUAGAUCUUCAGAAAAAGUACUUGGAACCUCUGCCGGACGAUAAAGUGAGACAGCAAAAGAUUAAGAAUGACCUGCGAGAGCUGAGAAACAAGAUAAACUUUGCCUACUUCAUGAUGAAUGCCCUGUGGCUGGUGGCGACAUUUACCCUCCAGAUCUCCGGGACCGUCUCUAUCACGAUCCCCAUACUCGACUUCAACCUCAAGCCCACCGGAAAAAACAUACAAAUCGACCCCAUUGGCUUCAUGUUCAUUCUGGGAUUUGCGACAAUGGUUGGAAUCCAGUUCCUUACAAUGUUCUACCACAGAAUCUACACUCUGAUCCAUUAUGUGGCCUUUCUGGACACAGAGCCCAAAGAGGAAAAAAAUGAACUAAAAGAAGCAUACCUUUCAGGCAAAAAGGUCGACUCUGUCUCCAACGGCGACUCCGUCAUCGAAUCCAGCUCCCUGGAGGACUCUGAAUCUGAUGAGUUUGAUAACAGUGAUGACGAGGAUUCUAUCUACAUGUAACAGACGUCAUGAGGUGUAAACAUAGACUCUGUGCACAACACUUUUUAGCACUUUGAAAUAUCCAAUGUAUGUGAGCUUUUACCAAAAAUGUCUUUAUUAUGUAUAUUAAUUUAUGUUUACAUCUAGGCAUGUGCAAUUUAUUUAUAAAAAGCUGUUAUUGAAAUAGGGUUUGUCACACAGUGCUUUGCUGAAAACCAAGUGAUGCAUAUUCUAAUUGAAAUAGUGUGUGUGAGUAUGUGUGUUGAGUGCAAAUGAAAGUGCCAGACAGCAUCAGGUCGAUAAAUACAAGAUUGGUAAUACUGUUUAUGGAUCUGAAGUUAUGUUAUAUUGUAAAGAUUUUUUUUGUGUGUAACCUCAGUGUUUAAUACACUAUAAUGUGAAGAGGAAUGAAUGAGGUUUAGACACAGAACGGGUAAUGUGAAGAGGAAUGACACUGCAUCUGCUGUUAUAGGCAGACUAGUGUUCUUUUAAUGGUUACAAAACAAGUCUGAGAAAUCUGGUCAGAAGUUGGGGAGAUCAUCACUUAACUACAAAGACAGAAGAAAAUUAUACUUUAAAUUUACUUUUUUUCAGUUUGACUGGAAUGUUAUCUUAAUUGCACUAGAUAUAAUAAAUAACUAAAGGUUUUUCUCUGAGGGAUAAAAAAAUAAGCUGCUGGUGAAGUUACAGUAUGUGGCCAUAAAAACUAACAAUGAUCAUGAUGUUUAUUUAUAUUUAUUUUUGAAUGAAGUAGAAAUAAGUUAUGCCUAACCAAAAUAAAAUUCUGUGUAAUUUUA